AUGGCCCGCCUGGGCCACCUCGACAUCCAUCUAUUUCGGUACAUCGACCGUUGGGCUUUGGGGGUUAUUUGUGCUCCAAUCCUGGUGCUAGUCAGCCUCUAUCUGCUCCUCAUUCCAAAUCAAUUUACUGACCCCCGAAGAAAAAAGUUGCCACCAGGCCCCCGAGGCUGGCCUUUAGUCGGGAAUUUCUACGAUCUUGCCGACUCCGAAUUGGUGCGCGACAAGGUCAGGGACUGGUACCACAAGUACGGGGACGUAUUCUACACCAAGAUCGGCGUCACAGACUACAUCUGGCUUUCGUCUCCCAAGGCCGUGAAAGACUUGAUGGACAAGAAAUCUGCGAUAUACUCGUCACGCCCCCACAUGCCUCUAGCCCAGCAGGUCGCAAGCGGACAGUCACGUCAGCUGUUCAUGCCGUACGGACCCGAUUGGAGAAACCUCCGCAAACACAGCCACGGGCUUCUCAAUCAAAAUGCCUCGAAGAAGUAUCAGCCAGUCCAGAACUUUGAGUCUAAAGUGCUGCUCCAGGAUCUUCUUGAACAGCCAGAUCAGUUCUACACUAUCACACGCCGGUAUUCCGCCUCCGUCAUCAUGCUUGUAGCCUAUGGCUAUCGGAUCCCGUCUUUCGAAGAUCCACUCAUCACCAAGAUAUAUGGCGUCCUGGAGCAUCUCUCAGUCAUGAUGGCCCCGGGUGCGUUUAUCGUCGAAAGCUUUCCUGCAUUGGCUGCCUUGCCUCAAUGGCUGUUUGGAAACUGGAGAUCUUGGGGUGAAAAGGUCUUCGCCCAAGAUAGCAAAGUUUACUUGGAGCUUUGGGAUACUUUGAAGAAAACGACCGACGACGGAACUGCAAGAGAUUGCUUCUGCAAAGACUUUUACCUGAGUGACCCCAAGAAGAACGGCAUCGACGAUUUGUUAGCGGCCUACACAUGCGGUGGCCUGAUUGAAGCCGGUUCAGAGACAACUGCCACAACUAUCAACAACUGGAUCCUCGCCAUGACGCUGUUUCCCGAGGAGAUGAAGAAGGCGCAGGAAGAAAUUGACAACGUGAUUGGAAGUGGCCGGCUACCUGAGUGGGAGGAUGAGAAAGACCUUCCAUUUGUGCGUGCUACCAUUAAAGAGACACUGCGAUGGCGCCCGGUCAAUAAGUUUGGGAUGUACCACGCUUCGUCAGAGGAUGAUUGGUACGGCGAGCACUUUAUCCCGAAGGGAUCAGUGGUAGUACUCAAUUGGUGGGCCAUUCAUCGCGACCCGGAUCGGUAUCCUGAACCCGACCUGUUCAAGCCAUCUCGGUAUCUCAACAAGCCGUUGUCGGCUGCAGAAUACAUCAAUAUCAAUGAUCCCAACGAAAGAGAUCAUUUUACCUAUGGUGCAGGACGGCGCGUCUGCCCGGGAGUUCAUUUGGCUGAGAAGUCGUUGUUCAUUGUCAUCGCCAGGAUGCUGUGGGGUUUCAAUAUCAGCAAGAAAAGAGCUGCAGACGGAUCCUUUAUUGAGCCAACGACCAAAAUGUUUCCAGGGUUCCUCAGCGUGCCUGAGCCUUUUGAGUGCGAUAUUACCUGUCGCUCCCCAGCGCAUGAGACGCUCAUGCGUGCCGCGUUCAAUGACACACUUUCGGAGGACCUGAACUUUAGAUCCUGA